GGAUCGAUUAGCACGCCUACGGCAAAAUCACUUUACAUAACACUUAAUAGGAGGCGUUGCUGUGCACUCAAUUGAUUGUGGAUACAUGAGGGUGUGUAGUCAGAGAGUCAGACAGUGUCCAUGGCCAUGAUGCUGGCUCUGUCCAGGUGUUCAGCAACUCUGAGAUGGAGACUGCCCCUGCGCUGCCUUGCCCUCCCUCUGGAGAGCACAAGCAGUCAGCCCCCCGCCACAGCCAGGGCCCCCUCUCUAAGACCCCAGGCUGCCCUCUUUCAUCAGAGUAAAGCCAAAGCCAGCCCUGAGCCAAACAAGCCCACCUCAGUGUUGUCCUCCGGGCUGGAGGGGGAGCUGUUUGGAAUGGGGAUGUGGUCUCUGGGUCUGGGUGCUGUAGGAGCAGCACUAGCUGGAAUCUUCCUGGCCAACACUGACUUGUGUCUGCCCAAAGCUGCCCAGGCGUCACUGGACUACCUCGAAGAUGCUGACCUGCGCUCCACCGUGGAUGAUGACAAGGUCAUCAAAGCCAAGAGCCUGUGGGAGAAGAAUGGGGCUGUGGUCAUGGCCGUACGGCGACCUGGAUGAUUUUUGUGCAGAGAGGAGGCCUCUGAGCUGUCCUCUCUGAAGCCCCAGCUGGAGGAGCUCGGGGUCCCUCUGGUUGCCGUGGUGAAAGAAAACAUCGGCACAGAGAUCCAGGACUUCAGACCGCACUUUGCUGGGGACAUCUACAUAGAUGAAAAGAAACACUUCUACGGCCCCCUGCAGAGGAAGAUGGGAGGGCUCGGUUUCAUCCGUCUGGGAGUGUGGCAGAACUUCAUCCGGGCAUGGAGAUCAGGUUACCAGGGCAACAUGAAUGGCGAGGGCUUCAUCCUGGGGGGAGUGUUUGUGAUUGGGCCAGGAGACCAGGGGAUUCUCCUCGAGCACCGUGAGAAGGAGUUUGGCAACAAGGUGGAAAAUGCAGAUGUUCUUGAUGCUGUCAAGAAAAUUGUGCCAGUAAAAUAACUACAUUGCAGUGGAUUUAGUAUUUAAAGAAAUGGCACUAGACAAAGAAUAGUGAUGAUGCAUUUUGAUCAAAGCUUGCAUUAAGAAUAUUCAGAUACGAAUAGCUUUUUUACAGCCUGUGCAUUUUUGUUGUUGACUCCACUAAUCUUAUUUUGCAUCCAUUUGCUACUACGUACUGUGAUCUUGACCAGGUUCAUCAUCGUUAACCUCUGCAUUUUUGGCAUGUUGAGUUGCAGUAAUUUAUUGGUGUCAAAUUCUGUCCAUCACUGGAGUACCGACAUUGUAAUAAUAUGUGAGCACAUUGUUUAAUAAUUUCACUUACAACUUGAUGUACCUCUGUUGUUUACUCAUGAAUGGAGUGGUGGUUGAGCAAAUCAAGCUGCUAAAAUACAAGACACAAUGAAUAUUAUUAGUGCAGCAUUGCUUAGUGACUAUCCCUUUUACUCCUGCAAACACCAACAAGCAGCUAAGUGGGGAGUUGGGUUUUAGAUGUGAGUGAUUGCAGAUAUAGUCAGGGACUGCAGCAGCAUUAUCAUUCAGGAACAAUGACACUUGAACUCUUCCCCUGGAAGAAUGACGUAAUUAUAAGUAAAGGCUGGAUUCUACAUUUAGUUAAAUACUGUGUAAUUUAUAGUCACUAAUAACAGUUAUUAGUCGUGUAUUUUUAAUACCAUUGCUAUGCAUGCUUCACUUGAUCAGGUGCCCAAGCUUGCCUCCGACAUGGCAGACGUGUGUGUGUGUGUUCUGUGUGUGAUAAUGACAACUUGACUCUAAACUCCACAGUGAGAGGAGAAAGUUUGAUGCUCAAACACGCAGAGACUCUGCUACGGCGCUCAUGUUGAAAGGUGGUUUUGGUGCUUGACACGACUGUUGCUUGCAUGAGUGAGAGGGUGAGAUGGUGUUUUUACAUGUGGUGUGAAUGCCACCCAAAUAAAUUCUAGUGACCUCAUGA